CCAUCUCCCACCACGCCACGCCCACGCCCCUCCUCCGAGAGACCCGCCCCCAGAGCCCACUUCCAGAGCCCAGCGGUUCGGGCUCCCGGCUCCUGCGGUACUCGCAGGCUUCGCUGGCUUCAUUCAUCAUUCAGUCGUCCACCCCUCGCCCAGACCCUCUCUCCGCCCGCCUUUCCUGCGCCCCACGCUGCCGCGUCUCCUGGCCAGCUUGCCGCCAGCUCUUUGGCCGGGGACCCUCCUGGAGCUUAAAUCGGACCUUUGUCACUUCCUUCUUAAACCCCGGGGGCAGCGCCCUGUAGCGGGCAGCCCAGGCCAGGCCCCGGGCGACGGGGCGCUCUCCUGCCGCGCGGCCUGCCUCCUGAGGCCCCGGAUCCGUGCUCCUUCCCUCGCUGCUGCUCCUGGAGCCCGCAUGGGUCUGGGGGUGUUGGGGUGCAGGGGCACCGUCCAUGGCACGCUGUGUGACCGCCGAGACUUCCGCGUGGGUCCGGGCACACUAGCCCUCGGCCCUCACUCGCGUCCCCUCUUAUCGCUAAAGGGGAACGAGGCCGGCGACCCGCCCGGCUCCAGGUAGGAGGAGCUGGAGCGGCGAGGGGGCGGGACGGCUCCAGUGCGAGUCUCGCAGGAAGCCGGAAGCCUGACCGUAGGUGCCACCUUGCCGACCUCCACUCCGUCCCAGCCGGGCUGUAGCCUUGGGACUCCUUCCUGCCUGGGCGCUGCGUGCUCCUGCCCAGGCUGGGUGCUGGCCGCACUCGCUGUGGCCACACGUUCGCUGCUCCCUGGGGCUGCAAGGUGAGGACGGACAACGCAGUCAACCCGGGCUGGGCGUCCGGCCCUCGCACCCACGUCUGAGCCAUGAGGACGGCACUCGUGUACCACGAGGACAUGAAGGCCGCCAGGCUGCUCUGGGACGAUCCCGAGUGUGAGAUCGAGUGUCCUGAGCGCCUGACCACUGCCCUGGGACGCCUGCAGCAGCGGGGCCUGGAGCAGAGGUGUCUACGAUUGACGGCCCGAGAGGCCUCGGAAACGGAGCUGGGCCUGGUGCACAGCCCAGAGUAUGUGGCCCUGUUGCGGGGGACCCAGGCCUUGAGCACGGAGGAGCUCCAGGCACUGUCGGGACGGUUCGAUGCUGUCUACUUCCAUCCGAGUACCUUCCACGGUGCCCGGCUGGCCGCGGGGGCUGGGCUGCAGCUGGUGGACGCAGUGCUGACGGGGGCUGUGCACAACGGGCUUGCCCUGGUGAGGCCUCCUGGGCACCACAGCCAGAGGGCCGCCGCCAAUGGAUUCUGUAUGUUCAAUAAUGUGGCCAUAGCGGCCAAGCACGCCCAGCAGGAACAUGGGCUGCACAGGAUCCUCAUUGUUGACUGGGACAUCCAUCAUGGCCAGGGCAUCCAGUAUAUUUUUGAGGACGACCCCAGUGUGCUUUACUUCUCCUGGCACCGCUACGAGCACGGGCGCUUCUGGCCCUACCUGCCAGAGUCCGACGCAGACGCCGUCGGGCAGGGGCGGGGCCGAGGCUUCACGGUCAACCUGCCCUGGAACCAGGGCCACCCCCGGAGCCUGGGCUGCGGGGGUGCAGGCCCCACGGCCCGCCCCGGCAGGGCCCAACGCCGGUGCUUGUGGCUGCAGGUCGGGAUGGGAAACGCAGACUACGUGGCCGCCUUCCUGCACGUGCUGCUCCCUCUGGCUCUCGAGUUUGAUCCUGAGCUGGUGCUAGUGUCAGCAGGAUUCGACUCAGCGAUCGGGGAUCCCGAGGGGCAGAUGCAGGCCACGCCAGAGUGCUUCGCCCACCUCACGCAGCUGCUGCAGGUGCUGGCUGGCGGCCGGGUCUGCGCCAUGCUGGAGGGUGGCUACCAUCUGGAGUCGCUCUCUGAGUCCGUGUGCAUGACGGUGCGGGCCCUGCUGGGUGACCCCGCCCCACCCCUGUCAGGGCCCAUGGUGCCAUGUUACAGUGCCUUGGAGUCCAUCCAGAGCGUGCGGGCAGCCCAUGCCCCUCACUGGCUGAGCCUCCAGCAGCAAGACUCCGCCCCUGUCCUGAGUCCCAGCACCUGCUCCCCGGAGGGGAGGCCCUCGCCUCUGCUGCCUGGGGGCCCUGAACUGAAGGCUGCAGCAGCCCAAGCCACAGUGGCACUAAGGGCCCUCCUGGACCAGCUGCACCUGCGCCCCACACCACCUGUCCGCACAGCUGUUGCUCUGACUCCCCUGGACACUGCCCUGGUCCUGCCCCCCAAUGUCCUCCAUCAGGAGGGGUCAAGCCCAAAGGAGGAGACACAGGCCUGGGCCAGGCUACACGAGGCCCUGGCCACGGAGGAGGCUGUCACUGCCCUUGGGAAGAUCCUGUAUCUCUUGGAUGGGAUCUUGGAUGGGCAGGUGAGCAGCGGCCUCGCAGCCACCCUGGCCCCGGCCGCAACGGCCAUUCUGGACGUGGCCCUCCGGCACGGCCUUUCCCGGGGAGCCCAGAGGCUUCUCUGCGUGGCCGUGGGACAGCUGGAUCGGCCAUCGGACCUUGCUGACGAUGGGAGGACUCUGUGGCUGAGCGUCAGGGGCAAGGAGGCAGCUGCCCUGUCCAUGUUCCAUGUCUCCAUGCCACUGCCGGGGACGACUGGUGGGUUCCUGAACUUUGUCCUGGCGCUGGUGCUGCCCCUGGCCUAUGGCUUCCAACCCGACCUGGUGCUCCUGGCCUUGGGGCCAGCCCACGGCCUGCGGGAGUCCCAAGCUGCAUUGCUGGCGGCGCUGUUGCGGGUGCCGGCAGGGGGCCGAGUCUUGGCCCUCCUGGUUGAGGAAUCCGCACCCCAGCUGGCAGGCGUCCUGGCCCAGGUGCUGCAUGGAGAGGCGCCCCCCAGCCUGGGCCCUUUCUGCGUGGCCUCCCCAGGGGACAAGCAGGCCCUGAUGCACCUGAGAAGGCAGCUGGAGUCUCGGUGGAAGAUGCUGCAGGUGGCCGCUCCCGCUUGAGUGCUGCUGACCUGGCUGCUUGACACCAGCCAGGGUGGAGGUAUUUGCACCCUGGAAAUGACACCGCAGACCGGAGCCCGCUGUUAAACAUUAUUCACUGGCACACCGGGGCCUCGUUCCCGACGUCCCGCGCGCGGGCGCAGGUUCAGGAGCGUUUGUCGGCUGCAGAGUCCGCACCCCGUGCACCCGCCUCCACACGGAAGGCCCCGCCCCGGCUCCCUCCGCUCCAAUCAGUAAACGUUUA